AUGAAGCUGAGAACUGUCUGCAUCCUUGCUGCUCUAAGCUCUCUUAUUGCUUUGAGCCACGGUCAGUGCUAUGAGGUUGUCUAUGCGGGCUACGGCUCAAGUAUCACGCGUACCGUAUGCUCGACGACAAGUACCAGCACCACGACAACCACUAGCACAACAACAUCGACAACCACGACAACCACGACUACUAGUACAACCACAAUAUCGCCUACCACAACAACCACGACUACUAGUACAACCACAAUAUCGCCUACCACAACAACUACGACUAGUACAACCACAACACCCACCACGACGAGUACGACUAGUACAACCACAACGCCCACCACGACGAGCACGACUACUAGUACAACCACAACACCCACCACGACGAGCACGACUAGUACAACCACAACGCCCACCACGACGAGCGCGACUACUAGUACAACCAUAACACCCACCACGACAAGCACGACUACUAGUACAACCAUAACACCCACCACGACGAGCACGACUACUAGUACGACUACAACGCCUACCACGACGACCACGAUUAGUACAACCACAACACCCACCACGACGACUACUACUACAACAACUACGACUAGUAUAACCACGACACCUACCACAACCACCACGACAUCGCCUACCACAAGAACUACUACUAGUACAACCACGACAACCACAACACCCACCACGACGACCACGACUAGUACCACCACAACACCGGCCACGACGAUCACUACUACUAGUACUACUAGUACAACGACCACGACAAGCACGAGUAGUGUUACAACAUCUUUGAGCACCCCAACUCCCAGCACAACAACAUCAUCCCCUAUCACGAUAACGGCUAGCAACACCACGACUACUGGUCCGACCACAACCACUAGCCCAUCGACAACGUCCAUUAGGGUAACGACAACGACUACGUUGACCACAACCACGCGCAGGAUUAUAAGUACUACUACCAGCACAACGACACUACCGCCUGGUACGUCAAUAAGUACUACGAUACCGAUAUCCAGCUCAGUAACGACUUUCAGUCCUGUCAGUCCAACAACGACUAUCAGUCCAGGAACAAGUAUCAAUCCAUCGACGACCGUUACUCCAGUCACGACUACUAGUUCAACAACGACCGUCAACCCAGCGACAACUAUCAGCCCAGUAACGACCGUCACUCCUGUGACGAUUGUCAGCACAAUCACGACAGUCACUCCCGGAACUAUCAUCAGUCCAGCAACGACUGCCAACCCAGUGACGAUUGUCAGCUUGACAACGAUUGUCAUUCCAGGAACAACCGUCAAUCCAAUCACGACCAUUAGCUCUGCAGCGAUUGCCAGUUCAGCGGGGCCGUCAAACCCAGCGACGAUCACUCUGAUCACAACUUUCGUUUCACAAGUGACUGUAACCGUCACAGCAGCAACUAGCACCUCUGCAACAGGCAUAACCACCUGCACUUCAAGAAUCGUCAAUCCGACCUAUACUCCCGCAACUGCUCUGCUCAGCGAUUAUCUCUGGGGUUGCCCGCCAGGGACACUCUGCACACCGCCUCAGGAAGGCUGCAACUGGGAACAAAACCCACCCGCAGAUACCUAUAUCUGCAGUCCCGAUGAAUGCAGGGCUGUGCCAGAAGCUCCGAUACCCCAAGACUGGAACGCAACGUGGCCAACCCUCGUCGAGACCGACUGUGCCUGGUACGAGCCAGACCUUGAUUACUUCCACCUCGACCCCGAAUUCUUCGGCCUGACUUUCGCCAUCUUCGACGUCUACGGUCAGCCAGUAUGCCCUAGCAGUGCCUGCGAAACCUUGGUCAUCAGCAGAAGGUUCAGACGACGAUCCAACAAUCCAGUUGCGGAAAUGCAAUGGCGCCGACAGAGUCUCGCCGUUGCUCCAGCAGCCUGUUACGUCGUCUCUGACAACACUCAGGAGCUUGCGCAGAGUAUUGGUAAAGUCCGCAGCGAGCUUUGUCCGGCGGACUCCGAGUUCAUGGAAGGCGUCACUGCCUGUCGCGCCUGUGCCAAAGCUAAUGGUGGAACUUCUUCGACCACUGAGGACUUUCCCACACUCCAAGACUUUGUCAAUUUCUGCAACUCGUGA